AUCAGGGGCUAAUGCCAGGAGAGACCGGCCAAUCAUGAUCUAAUGCCAGGAGAGACCGGCCAAUCAGGGGCUAAUGCCAGGAGAGACCGGCCAAUCAUGAUCUAAUGCCAGGAGAGACCGGCCAAUCAGGGGCUAAUGCCAGGAGAGACUGGCCAAUCAGGGGCUAAUGCCAGGAAAGACCGGCCAAUCAUGAUCUAAUGCCAGGAGAGACUGGCCAAUCAGGAUCUAAUGCCAGGAGAGACCGGCCAAUCAGAGUCUAAGUCCAGGUUAUUCAACCAGUGUUGAGGGAUUCAUGCUGAUGUGUUUGUUUCAGACAGCGACCUAAUGAAGGAACAUAAAGACAAAGCAACAGGGCGGGGCACAGCUGUGACUGCAGGUGGAGGUGUGGUGAACCAGUCUGCAGGCAGUGAGAGCGUCGCCCCUGAAGUGGCCAUGGCCGGACCUUCAGGAAUGCUGCUGCUGUACGUGGUCAUCCCAACCAUCCCGCUGUUGCUGCUCAUCCUGGUGGCCUCUGGAACGUGCUGCUUCCAGACGCUCAGCAGAAGUCGUCCUCAGACAAAGACCCCCACCGACCGAUCAAACCUGUGGAUCUCCAGGACACCUAAACCUGAUACCAUGGAGGUGUGACAUCACUGUGACAUCAGAGGCAGAGCAACGAUGUCACCAGAGACUUUCAUUUGGUUGUGACCAAUGAUUUAUGGUAAUAGCAGCGGGGGGUCAACAGUGAUGUCAUGUUGAGCAGAAAGUGGGUGGAGCUUAUUUAUGUGAUUUAAUGAACUGGAUGUUUUGUUCCAAUCCAGCACUGCUCUUUAUUAUUUUGUGAGAGGCGCCCCCUGCUGGGCAGACAUGUAUGGAGCAGGACAGCUGUAGGUUUAGCCGUCUGGAAGAAACUUCGGUUAAAACUCGACUGAUCCGACUGCUGCUGCUUCUGGUUCUGACAGGAAUGAACUGGAUCAGUACCGUGCAGAUGGUUACAGAUCAGAACCAGAACUUUAACCUCCAGCAGUGUGAUGGAGCUGAUGGGGAGCAGGAGUUUGGACCCAGCAGCCUCCUCAGACCGCCUCAGUGAGCUCCUGUCUUGUUCUCUGUCUGCUUUUCCAUGCAUGAACCUUCAGUGUUGAAUAAAAAUGUCACCUCUU